AUGGCCACCAUGGCUGUCAAUGUGAUCCCCCUGGACAUGGCCCUGAACUCCUUUGAUGACCAGUACCAGGGCUGCGGCCCUGCCAUGAAGGCGGCAUUGCCAGCCCUCAUCCGCUCCGAGUUCCAGCAGAACGAGAAUUUUGCCAAGGCCUGGGUAAAGGCUGCAGCCAAGAUUCAGAAUCGGAGGCCCUUCACGAGCCCUCUGUCCCCAGACCAGGCCACUGCCAUCAUGGCCUUCACAAUGACUGAAGCCAGAAUAUUCAAUGAUGCCGUACGCAUGGCCGGACGCUCCCGCCAGGAAUACCGAGACAACUUCCACUUCAAAAUGCUGCAUUUCCUGCUGACCGAUGCCCUGGCCACGCUGAGGGACGCUCAGAACAGGCAGUCUCGGGCCACGUUCCUGAAGGUGUGUGACACCCAGUACAAGGCACAGCGUGGUGACACCAUCCGGUUCGGUCAUUUCAUGGCAGUGUUCCUGAGCAAUCAAACUGGCGAGUGCCCCGGUGAGACAAUGCUCGAGGUGCACACGUGCCAUGGCAUGGAAAUCACACCUUUUAGUGAACAUCCAGAACCUAAACUCGUGCUGAUCCCACCCUUUGAGACUUUCAAGGUCACCCAAUACACCCGGGAAGGGGACAAGACACAGAUCCAGCUCCGCUCCACUGAGACCUUCACCAAAUACAACUGCGAGUGGCUGCGAGGUGGGAGCGUCCCCAGUGCUUCCUUCCAUCUCAGUGGACUCCUCUUGACCACCGCAGCCCUGGCACUGGCCACCAGGAUCGUCUGA